GUGCAGUUUUAUUAAAUGGCAGCAGCAUAUCUUGACAACCUGAACCAUGUUUACUAUUUCAUUUCAGGAAAAGGGCUUGGUCGAGAGGAGGAUGGAGUGGCCAACCCCAUUAAAGUGAAUGGGAAUUUUAGUGGUUAUGGUCUAGGUCAUGAUGUUGGCAAAGAAUUCAAAAACCAAUGGUGGGAUCAUGUUUACAACAAAACUGCAAGUAACAUGAUGGUUGCAAAAUCUGAGGAUGGGUCUGUGAAAGUUGAGAGAAAAGGAGUGCAAGACAGUAAGAAAGUGGUACCAUAUGCAAAAUCAAGCCAGUAUUCAAGUUUUGUCAAGGCAGGUGUACUGGAGGAUGUAGCAGAAGAGGAGGAUAUGUCACUCAAGUUAUCCUAUGAUGAAUUAUUCAAGAUAUGUGGGGGAAAGACUGCUCAUAAAGGUGCUCGUCAUGGACUAACCAUGACUGCCAAGUUGGCAAGGGUCAAACAGCAAGAAGAGGAUCUCAUGGCAAAAUUGCACAAAUUAGGUGACCAGAAUUCACUAGAAGCUGUCAAGGUAAGUGGUGAAACAGUUGAAAAAUCAAAGAGAAAAGAAACUUCCAAAACUUGUAGUGAUGAGCAUUCUCUUCUUCCCAAAGCCAUUAAUGGUUGCACAGAAAGUACUGACCUUGAACAGUAUUCUAGGAAGCACAAGAAAGAAAAGAAACAGAAAAGAAAAAACUCGGAUUGUGAUACUGGUACUUAUGAUAAACAUUUUCCUAGCUCUGCUGUAAAUCUUGAUUGUGUAGUCGAAAUGGUAAAAUCUAAAUUAAGUAAGAAGGAAAGAAAGUUGUUAGCUAAAGGAAAUGGUGGUGAAGAUCUGCUCAGAAAUGAGUUUGAGGUUGAGAAAAAGAUGAAGAAGAAAAAAUGCACUGAGAGUGAAAAUUACUCUGAUCCUAAUGGAAACCAUUUUAGUGAUGAACCUACUGUAAGUAUUCUUUGUAAUGGUAAAGCACACUGUGAAUUUAAUGAGGAAAGAAUUGUGACAAAAUUAAUUGGUGAAAUGGAAACUGAAAGGACUGAUAUAAGCAGAGAGGGGAAUGUUAUAAAGAAAAAUUCAAAGAAGAAAAGAGACAGUUGUGAAAAUUUCCAUAAUGUAACCAACACUACCUCAAAUAUUCAGUGUGAUGAAGCCAGCGAAUUGAGGCUCAGUAAGAAGGAAAGGAAAAGACUAAGAAAACUGAACAAGUUGGUGGAAACUGAAGGACUGGUUAAUUCAAACACAGAGAAUAAAGUGGAGUUAAAACCAAAAAAGAAGGUAAAGUCCAAUCACAAAGAGAAAGAGGGUAACUUUGAGCAUGUCAGUAAAGAGAAUGAUGAGGAAGGUGACAUAGUUCUUGAUGAUCCUUUUCUGAAAAAAGAACAUAAGAGUAGGAAAAGGGAGAGGACUGAAAUUGUCAUAGGAGUGGGCUCGUCAGAGUCAAAUGAAUUGAAAGAUGGUUUUGUAGUGGUCAGUGACGAAUUAGGGAAUGAAUCUGUUAGAAAGAAAAAAAAGAAAUGCAAACGUAACAGGCAAGAAAAAUAGGAAUUUAAGACUUCAAUCCAUUUCUGUUGUAAAAUAUGUAAAAAAAUGUGAAAUUUUUCAUCACACUACAUACCAUGAAUGGUAAUAAAGGGUUUCCUUAAAAUA